CAGAUGACGUCACUGGCCUUUUUCCAGCGCUUUCACUCGAUAAAAGAGAACCUUUCACGCUCAAUCAAUAUCUCUCAACGACAACCCCGCCUUCUCAUUACACCCAAACAUCACAAUGCCACUGAGUAAAGAAUCCCUUCGCCAUAGCCAGGCCAAACACAUCUCGGAGCUGGAAGCCAAAGACGAGUUCAAGGUCUUUGAUGCUUUAGUCCAUCAGAAAACUCUUUCACCUUCCGACGCCGUCCACACAAUUUUAGAUCUCACUAAAGCCGCCAUUCAAGCUAGCGAGCAAGAUGAUGAGGCACUCGGCAUGCAGCUCGAGCGUACUUCUGCCUGCUUUUUCGAGGCCGGUGCGCGCGCGUCACCAGACCAGCAGGAGAAGCUCAUCGCCGUGCUGCAGGAGCUGCAGAACACGACGGUAACGGACCCAAAGACGGGCGAGCCGGUGCAGUAUUUUGGCAGCAUCGUCUGGGCGGACCUUCCUACCGUCGGCAUUACAUUUGCCGACGAGCUGGGCUCGUUCGACCCUCUCGACGCAACCAACUGGCCGGAAGAGAAUGAGCGUUGGGAGCUUGUCACUGCUUUCGCCGCGCAGCUUACUGCUUCCCCUGCCAUCAAGUUCGACAUGUCUUCUUCAUGGGCACUCACAGCAUUCAAAUACGCCUUCGGGACGCAGAACGAGCCGUCCGAGCCUACGGACGUUGCCAUCAGAGCUGCGUGUUUGUGGUUCAUGCUUGCGGGAGAGAGGCUGUGGGACCAUGUUCGUAAGGGGGAUCUGUUUGCGAGUGUAGAGGGGGAGAACGAUGUCAAGUAUAACCUUGAGAGGUGGGAGGGCUGGAAGAAAGAUUUGGAGAAGCUGAAGAACUCGGAGGAUCAGAAGACGAGAUCGUUGGUGGCGCUUGCGUUGGGGACCAUUGGGAGCGUGGAAGGGAAAAAUGAAUAGGGGAGGGUGGUAUUGAAGUUUUUUGGUUGCGGCAUGGAAUGUUGCG